AGAUCUAGAAGAUGUUAGCUCGGCAAAGUAAGGCGUGGAGACGUUGAGAGUUUUCACAUGAGGACAACAUUCUGCAGUCAGCAGGAAGAUGUCCUAAUAUGGGUUGGUCAUGCGUCGUGGCACGCGCCGGAGCCUUCUUGCUGAUGCUCACCAGAGUAUCAGCACUCACAUCCGACAUUUUUGCUGCGGGGAAAUCGGACAAAGAGAUACUGGACAAUCUAUUGAAGAAUUCCCGCUACGACAAAAGACUGCUACCGCCAGUAGACGAUCCAGUGUUCUGUUGUGGUCUUACAACACCGAACGACACUUUAGCUCAGAAUAGAGUCGGCCUCUCCUCGCUUCGGCCUCAGUCGCACAAUCGUGGUGUCCUCACCGUAAAUGUUAGCGUGCUACUUCUUAGUUUAGCAUCACCAGAUGAAUCUAGUCUCAAAUACGAAGUCGAAUUUCUACUACAACAGCAGUGGUACGAUCCUCGACUACGUUAUUCAAACCAGUCUCAUUACGACUUCCUGAACGCCAUACAUCAUCACGAAGACAUUUGGUUACCAGAUACAUAUUUCAUUAUGCAUGGAGACUUUAAAGAUCCAAUAAUUCCAAUGCAUUUUGCGUUGCGUAUCUAUCGCAACGGCACAAUCAACUAUUUAAUGCGACGGCAUCUGAUUUUGUCGUGUCAAGGAAGGCUCAACAUUUUUCCAUUUGAUGACCCAUUGUGUUCAUUCGCCUUAGAAAGUAUUUCAUAUGAGCAAUCAGCCAUAACGUAUGUGUGGAAGAAUGACGAGGAUACACUCCGGAAGUCUCCAUCACUGACAACCCUGAAUGCCUAUCUCAUUCAGAACCAAACAAUACCAUGCCCUAUAAAAGCUAGUUGGAGAGCUGAUGGUAUUUCACUUUACGAGGAUGACGAAGAGCUGACAUGUAAUCUUUGCCAGAGACGCUUUGAGGAGCAAGGUAACUACAGCUGUUUAAAGGUGGAUCUCAUUUUUACGAGAGACCGAGCAUUCUACUUUACUACAGUUUUUAUCCCUGGCAUUAUCCUGGUGACCUCUUCCUUCAUCACCUUUUGGCUGGAGUGGAACGCAGUGCCAGCCCGUUCCAUGAUAGGUAAUUACAGCUGCCUAAGGGUGGACCUCAUCUUCACGCGAGAUCGAUCAUUUUACUUCACCACAGUUUUUAUUCCGGGCAUCAUUUUGGUGACAUCCUCGUUUAUUACUUUUUGGCUGGAAUGGAAUGCAGUACCUGCUAGAGUUAUGAUAGGUGUUACGACAAUGUUGAAUUUCUUCACCACCUCCAACGGGUUCCGUUCAACAUUGCCAGUUGUCUCAAAUUUAACGGCAAUGAAUGUAUGGGACGGCGUAUGUAUGUGCUUCAUCUACGCGUCUCUACUGGAGUUCGUUUGUGUCAACUAUGUAGGAAGAAAACGACCUCUACAUAACGUCGUGUAUAGACCUGGAGAAAAUCCCGUUACGCAGCGUCUACCAGCAGUUCUCAGCAGAAUUGGCAUUAUUCUGGCCAGUCCUUUGGAGGCGAUGGCCAUCCUCCAUUGGAGAAAUGAAACUCCCCAACCGGGAACGAGCGGUGCUGGAGAUAAAAAGCGUGAAUCAACGGGUGCCGCGGACUUGGUGACCUGUACAGCAUGUACGGGUGCACCAGGAUCUUGCACCCAUACGACAAACAACGGAGGUGUUACAGAGCCAUGUUUCGUCCAGGUCCGUAAAAAAGAGCCUCCACAUCCAAUCAGAGUGGCGAAGACUAUUGACGUCAUCGCGCGCAUCACUUUCCCGACGGCCUAUGCCGUGUUUCUCAUAUUUUUCUUCAUCCACUACAAAGCCUUCUCUUAAUGCUGCCUUAUCCAUACCCACGAGGUGCAUUUGACCGAAAUGUACCUCGAUAUUUUUCUAAAUCUACUCAUUUAUCACUGCUGUUUUGUACUUUGAGCAAAUCACGAAUCCUAAAAUAUUUUUGAUGAACAAAAAAGCUAUUUGUGAUUGUGAUUAUACCUAUGAACUGUUUGUGACAAAAUUUAUGUAGGCAAAUACAAUUAAUAGAGUCGUUGCUGCUUACGUAAUGUUAAGGUAUAUUUGUGAUAGAAUGUUAGUGCAAUUGGAGUUUUUACAGGUUUUGAAAUAGGUUCCAUUAAUUAUACAAGACGAAGAUCGUUUAAAUGUUUAUGAUAGAAUAAUGUGGGAACAAAUAAAUGUUAAAUGUACGCAGAUUGAUAACUUGAUGGGUUUAUCAUCCUUGUAGUAAAGAAAUCUAUUUCAAACCUCAAUUCAGUCCAAAUGAGUAUUAGCUAUAUUAUAUGAGAGAUUAAAAUAAUUUUAUAAACAAUUAAUUAAGCUGUUCACCAAUUAUUAUAGAUGUAGUAUCAUGCAUUUUAGUCUAGUCACUUUCCUACACAAUGUGAUAUUCUGAUUUCGUAUGGAGCGACAUUAUUACGACAGCGUUAUAUUAAAAACUGAUAAAAUGUUUAAUUGCUUAGAUUAAGGUUUUCAUUGUAUAUUAUAAGUUGUAGACUUUAAAACCUAAAAAGCUCAAAUUGUUAUGUUGUAUAAAGUUUAUUCACCUUUGAUUGAAUCAAUAACAGUACAAAGUUAUUGAAAAGAAUUAUGUAAAAUAAGAAUGUAAGUCACGUUUAUUUACUUUGUCCCCCAUAUAUAUCAAGAUGUACUUUAUGUAAAUUAAAAGCCAUGAACAUGCCUUCUAAGAAAUUUAGAAAAUAUUUUGUUUUGCUAAAUUAAUUUUUGAAACAAUGAUAAACCUUAGAAUAAAAACAAUGUAAAAUUCUAGCUUAGUUCAUUUUUAUGGCCCUGCAAUAUAGGCAAGUAAUUAAUUAUUAGGAUUAAUUCCAAUAUAUAUAAAUGAUAUAAUUCUAUUUUCUCAAAUAAUUUGAUAUGAUUACUAACAUUUGCUCUCUCUACACUGUUCCUUAGCUUAGCUUAUAUUUCACAACGUCCAAGAAAAUUCUAAAUAAUAUUAAUAUACUUUUAUGAAUUAAAAAUUGUCUGACACGUCAUUUAUUUGUAAUAUUAUUAUCUAUAAUAAUUUAUCGCCUUAUGUUAGCUGCUUACACAAUCUGUAGCUCUACCUGUAGUUCUUGCUUUAAAGGGUUACGAAUUUGGAGUUCGAGGCAUGGCUAUAAAUCGAUGACACCGUUUUGCUCAUAAGUUUUUUGAACAUUACAUCAUUAUAAAUCUAUAAUACUAAGUUUUUGUUGUUAAAAUUGUAUUAAUUUUUUCUGAUUGUUUCAUUGUCAAAGUGUUUUUUUAUACUCUUAAGUUAAGCUUUAGUUACAAAGCUACUUACGAGCUUGUCGAUAAACGUUGUCAUUGUUUUACAAGAUUUCCUUAGUACUUCAGUCAUGGCUUAAUCUCCAAAAUAAGCUUUUAAUUUUCAAAGUUUUUUAAUAUUUUAAUCCGUCCAGCAGCUGCUAUCGAAUUAGAACAUUGAUCCAAAGAGACCUGUAAAAGUUAUUGUAACCUACUGAUAAAAGAAUUUUCGUAAGUAAAUAAAUCGUGUUCUGUCACUUCGCUUAAUACAAAUGAAAACCCAAAAUGCAGAAGCUAUAAUUUAUAUGAAAAAAUGCUCCUAAGGGCACGCUUAACUUCUAUAUUUUAAAAGAUUUAUAUAUUGCGUAUAAGAGUAACAUUGCUACUUAUUUAGAAACACAUCAUUAAAGAUUUUGCAAGCACCUUGCCACUGCUUAUCACUUAAAUUAUGCGGACCAAAGUGUCAACUGUUUUAAAAAUAGUAAUUAAGUAGGCAUAUUGGUAAUUUGUAUAUUACCUAUAAUUUGUAUAUUGGAAGUACCUAUAUAAGAACACGUUUUGGCUGUGCUUUGAAUAUUAUGAUAGUAUAUAUUAAAGGGAUAAAAUAACAUUUCAAUUAAUUUAUGUACGUAAUUGUUUUGCUGGCGAAAAAACAUACGAAAGAGCUUGACCGCGAACAUAGUAGUUGAAAGGGUAUCAGAGCGAACCUAGCUUUAAUAUUAAUCGCGAAAUUUGAAUACAACUAAUUCGUAUAAAUUAACGUGAUUACAUGAAGUGAAAUCUGUUGUUAGGUGAACUAAUUCGAAGGCUACUUAGCCCUUAGCUAACAUUUAAAUGCCACUUUUUGCGAUUAUACCGUUAUGCGAAAAAGUGUUUCGUUAUCAAACCUUCCAAGACAUCAUCAACACAUAUUUUUUUAUUAAUUAAUGUGUGCUGAUUAUUCAAUGUUGAAUUAAGUAUUUCUUUAUGCUUAUCAUGAUCAAUAGUUGUUUUUAAUAAUCCAUAUCGUUUC